AUGGGAAAUAUAGUGAACAGGUCAGAAACGGCUUGUAAGCAAGCUUGGUAUAAAUUUUUAAAGGCAGGCAUGUAUUGCGAUCAACCGAAAAACGGAAGACUACAGAAAACAACGCCAAAAAUGGAUCACCGGAUUCAUCGAUUGAGCGAAAAGGAUCGUUUUCGUAGUGCAAAUAAUAUUGCUGCGGAGAUAAACUAUAAAAACGAUACACAAAUUAGUGCUAGAACUGUUAAGAGAAGAUUAGAAGACUUUAACUUAAGAGGACGAAAACCCCCAAAAAAACCACUACUGAGUUCUAGGAAUCGAAAAAGACGACUUGCAUUUACUAAAGCUCAUAAGCAUUGGACAAGUGAAGAUUGGCAAAUGUUAUUGUUUUCAGACGAAUCGAAAUUCAAUCGCGUCUCUUCUGACGGGAUACGGCAUGUUAGACGUCGAAUUGGCGAAAGUUUGAAAACACAGUGCGUUUUAAAAACUCUUAAACAUGGUGUUGGGAACGUUAUGGUGUGCGCGUGUUUUUCUCGAGGUAGUCCUGGUCCGAUAUGUCGUAUCAAUGGAAUUACGGAUCGUUUUCAAUACAUGGACAUACUGAAUGGAUGA